CUUUAUUCACUAUUCUUAUCCACAUAUCACCAACCAGUCUCUGUACCGUUUACCUCCCCUCCCCUCCCCGACUUGUCUCCACCUGCCAUUUUUUUGCGCUUUCUUAUGUUUCCACCUAACGCACACCAGCCUCCUAUACUAAUCGUCUCCCGUAAUCUUGGUCUCGAUGCAGAGGGUUAAUGUUAAACAUUGACCAUCCCUCUGCCUAACCUGCUGAGUUCUUAAACUAGUUUAUGUAUUGCUCUAGAUUCUGGCAUCUGCAGUCUCUCGUGUCUCUAUCAAUAUUCAGGUGAGAGACUGAAGUUCUAGAUAGGCUCUCUGACAUGUGUAAAUCCUGGUAGAUACAGUACGUUCACUGUAGAUAACUGAUGCAUUGGACUGCAUGACACGGAAACAUUGUAUUACUGUGUGAUACUGGGCUUUCCUACUCUGCCACAUAGGUACAGAGCUUCCACUAUCUACAUGGGUACGGUACUUAUGUGUGCAGGUAUAUCAUACUGGAUUCAUGUGAGUUACUGUAAUUCUUGCCAUAUGACACUGGUAUAAACCUGUUUGACUCUACAAUAUCGGUUCUGUAAUGGAUACUGUUCUAUCCCUGACACAGAGGGUUGAUGGGUACACAUGUUCACCAUAUUACAGGACUUCAUACUGGUGUAUGCAAUUUUAAGUAUAAGUAUUAUAGUACUGGUGAUGUACAACACCAGGCUACAGUGUGGUUAGUCGAGAUCUUCCCAUCAAAGCUUAUCAGGGCUGGUCCUGCAGAAAGAUAUGUUUUAAUUUGCAAUCAAAUACAUUCUUAUGUGCAUAAUCAGUUACUUUUGGUAAAUCUAUACUUGGAAUGAGAAGUCAUCAAUAUUAUCAUAGCUUGCAGGUACACAAAAUUGCUGGAGAAACUCAGUGGGUGCAGCAGCAUCUAUGGAGUGAAGGAAAUAGGCGACGUUUCGGGCCGAAACCCUUCUUCAGGCUCUCAUAGCUUGCAUCAAGACUGUAUGUCCAUUUUCAGUAAAUAUGUUAUCGACAAGAUCAAUUGUCCAUUUAGCCCCUCGGAUACGCUUCACUGUUCAGCUAGAUCCAGCCUAAUAUAUAAAUCAACCAUUUACCCACCUAAGAUUUGUUUGGGCAGUGUUGGCCUCCUGACAGAGCUGCUGGCAAGUUUCCAAAAUACUUCAAAGUCGAGUCUAGUCUGAUGUGCAAAGUCUUCUCUGUGGUCUGUUGGCAGAACGCCCUCAGGCAUUCCGCAGGGAGACAUUCUGAGCCUUUGUUUGAAGUCUAGCUGUUGAGAUUGCUUGGAUUCCAUGGUAUGUUUCGCAUUGCGGUUUUAAUGGCAGAAGGCCAGCUUGCUGUCCCUUUGCAGUCAUGAGUAAGUGGGCACAACAAUUGAGGUGAAAAAUCAAAUCUUUGAACUCUUUACCAUAACAUAACGGCGGCACAAUAAAACACAGACAAUGGUGGAUACGACGCAGAUAAUGGUGGAUCUAUUUUUGUACUGUCUCAAGGAGCUUCAAAGAGGUGUUUGUAUACAAAAUGACAUUGAGCCAACACUUGAUCAAAAAGAUAGGUUUAUAGAGCCGUAAUAGGGUGGGGGAAAAAGGUGGAGCGGUUAGGCUGGAUAUUCCAGAGUGCCUUUAGCAGCUGAGGGCGCUGUAGACAGUGGUGACUAUUAGAAAUCUGGGAUAUACAAGAAUAUUGAGAGGGGCACCGUGAUAAUGUUGUGUUUGCAAGAGAUUGGGGUGUCUAAAGUAUGGACUUUGCAUUCUGAAUGUUGCGUUGAACAUUAAUAUGAAGUUCCUGCAGCUGAAGGAAGUUUGCUGGCAUCUGCUAAUGAUGGGACAAGACAAACAAAUCUGCUCCCAUUGUGGAUGUGCUUUCCUUCACUUCUCACUUGCUUCUCUUGAGCAUUUAUCUGACUUUGAGUUAACCUAUUUUGCAUCUUCUCUUUCACAGGUCUGGAACAUCAAGCAGAUGAUCAAAUUAACUCAGGAGCACAUUGAAGCCUUGUUGGACAAGUUUGGGGGAGAUCAUAACCCACCUUCUAUCUAUUUGGAGGCAUAUGAAGAGUACACAAGCAAGCUGGAUGCAUUGCAACAGCGUGAACAGCAAUUGUUGGAGUUGGAGUCCAUCGGCAAUGGCACGGAGUUCCCAAACACUAACCCCACCAACACGGAGUUGUUGGAGCCCUGCACUCACCUUUCUGUCACUCGGAACUCUCCAUGUCUGUUACCAAACCCAAAUGACAGUUCAAUGGUCAACCCCAAAUCGCCUCAGAAACCCAUCGUUCGAGUCUUUCUGCCCAACAAGCAGAGGACAGUGGUUCCAGCACGAUGUGGGGUGACAGUGCGAGACAGCCUGAAGAAAGCUCUGAUGAUGAGGGGACUGACGACAGACUGCUGUGCAGUCUACAGAACACAGGAUGGGGAGAAGAAGCCAAUCGGUUGGGACACAGAUAUGUCUUGGCUUACGGGAGAGGAGUUGCAAGUGGAGGUGCUGGAGCACGUUCCGCUCACCACACACAACUUUGUUCGAAAGACUUUUUUCACACUGGCGUUCUGCGAUUUUUGCCGUAAAUUGCUGUUUCAGGGUUUUCGUUGUCAGACAUGUGGGUACAAGUUCCACCAACGCUGUAGCACAGAGGUGCCCCUCAUGUGUGUGAAUAUUGACCAGCUAGAUUUGCUAAUUCUUUCACGAAUCUAUGAGAACCAUCCAAUUACCCAAGAUGAUGUGUCAUCCAUAGGAACACCACCUGGCUCAGGGAUGUAUCCUUCAGUCCCAACCUCCGACUCCACAGGGUCCCUUUCCCACCCCAUCACCUCCCCAACAAAAUCAAUUCCAAUCCCACAGCCUUUCAGACCUGGGGAAGAAGACCAACGGAAUCAGUUUGGACAGAGGGACAGAUCAUCCUCUGCUCCAAAUGUACAUCUCAACACAAUCGAGCAGGUCAAUAUUGAUGGUCUGAUCCGAGACCAGGAUCUACAGCGAGGUGAUGGAGGCCCCUUGACGCAGCCGGUCAGGUGCCUCAGGAAAUACCGCUCUCGGACUCCCAGCCCUUUGUUGCAAUCUUACCCCAAUGACAUUGUCUUUGAUUUUGAGCCUGGUCCCGUGUUCAGAGGGUCCACAGCAGGGCUUUCUGCCACACCACCUGCUUCACUGCCUGGAUCUCUGUCCAGUGUGAAAACAUUGCAGAAGUCACCUGGCACACAGCCUCGAGAGAGGAAGUCAUCAUCAUCUGAGGACCGGAAUAAGAUGAAAACUAUAGGCCGAAGAGACUCCAGUGACGACUGGGAGAUUUCUAACGGACAGAUCACACAAGGCCAAAGGAUAGGAUCAGGCUCAUUUGGAACAGUAUAUAAAGGAAAAUGGCAUGGUGACGUUGCAGUGAAGAUGCUUAAUGUUACAGCUCCAACACCUCAACAGCUACAAGCCUUUAAAAAUGAAGUAGGAGUUCUCAGGAAAACUCGGCAUGUGAACAUCCUUUUAUUCAUGGGUUACACCACGACUCCGCAGCUUGCCAUCGUGACACAGUGGUGUGAGGGUUCCAGUCUGUACCACCACCUUCACAUCAUUGAGACCAAGUUUGAGAUGAUUAAGCUAAUUGAUAUUGCCCGCCAGACUGCACAGGGCAUGGACUACCUGCAUGCAAAAUCCAUAAUUCACAGAGAUCUGAAGAGUAAUAAUAUUUUUUUACAUGAAGAUCUAACAGUUAAGAUUGGAGAUUUCGGGUUGGCGACAGUGAAAUCCCGAUGGAGUGGGUCGCAUCAAUUUGAACAGCUGUCUGGUUCUAUCCUUUGGAUGGCCCCUGAGGUGAUUCGAAUGCAAGAUAAGAACCCCUAUAGUUUCCAGUCUGAUGUCUACGCCUUUGGGGUGGUUCUGUAUGAGUUAAUGAGCGGACAGUUACCCUAUUCCAACAUAAAUAACCGUGAUCAGAUAAUCUUCAUGGUUGGCAGAGGUUACCUGACCCCUGACCUCAGCAAGGUGCGCAAUAACUGUCCAAAGGCAAUGAAGCGGUUAAUGGCAGAUUGUCUGAAAAAGAAACGGGAUGAAAGGCCUCUGUUCCCUCAGAUUCUCGCUUCUAUUGAGCUGCUGGCCAGGUCCUUGCCAAAGAUUCACCGCAGUGCGUCAGAGCCCUCACUCAAUCGUGCCGGCUUCCAGACCGAGGACUUCAGUCUGUAUACCUGCGCUUCCCCAAAGACGCCCAUCCAGGCUGGAGGAUAUGGAGAGUUUACUGCAUUCAAAUAGAUGGUUCAUCAUUUAUCACCAUCGAAGCAGGUGUCUGCCAUCACGUCUUGUGUCCUUCCAGUUGUUCUGGGGUUUAAUCUGCAAAACAGAAACUACAGCUGCUGAUGGAGCUGCCUGAGCCACAUUUGUACCAUUUUAAAGACACAUUCUGCCGCCAGUUUCUGCCAAGCUGUAGUUUUGAAGUUAUUGACUCUGAAUGCGAGUUCCCUUUUAACCAGCGAUAGAAGCUGAAAGUGUUGAUCAUCUCCCUCGAGGAAGGACAAAAUGGCUUCUUCGGACACUGCUGGGGUGAACGUUGUGGUGAGAGGGCAGGGGUCAGUGGUGAGGAAGAAUCGUUGGAGCUUGAAGGCCAGAGGACGUUAAUGGUGGAGCGUGAUUCUUCUAGGAGAUUGUACACCUGCAUCCUCUCAUUGCCUCUCUGCCCCAGGCGUGGUUGUGCAAUAACCUUAUUUAUGACUGAGUGAGAGCUGUUACAGGUGGAUGGGGCUUUAGUCCGGUGACUCAAUUGGCCCAUGUCCCUCUGUCACAGAGGGCAGGGUGCAGAGAUACGCAUUGAUACUGAGCCAGCGUUUAUUUAUAUACAUUUUUAAUUUAUUUGUUUUAUUAUCCCCUCUGCUCAUGAGUUCUCCCACUGAUGUCUUUGUUCUCAUUCCCUACACAGGGUCUUUGCAGUCGGCCGGUGAUUUGAAUGGUUGUGAGUGGAGUUUGGUUAAUGUUAUUGUUUACCCUUAAAAGAUGUUUUCCGCUAUUCCUGGUGCUUAUUUUGCAUGGUGGAGGAAAGUUACUUGUCUUACCCGUGGAGUGGGAUUUAAUACUAGAACAGGAUUGAACUGUGAAACAGAUUCUAAAUGCACACCAAGGGUUUGGGAGAGUAUAAGGGCAACACAUCAAUGUCAAAUCCUAGCCAGAGGUGUCAGUGCUCCUGAUCAGAGAGUAAAUGGGUCAGGGAGGUAACUCCUGUGGGCACUGGAAUAGCUACACAGUAGGGAAGGUGGGAGCAAUGCUGGGGUAGGGUGGGGCUUUGCUGUAAAGUAGCCCAGAGAUGCUCUGCAGUAUGGCAGCCCGAGGAGAAGGUGAAUGGCUCUGCUACCAACUGGUUUCUUGCUGCCAUUUAAAAUCAUUGCUUUCUAGAACUGGUGAUAUUAUAGAAGACCUCACCCAUGAUCACAAUGUGGGUAAUAUUAAUCAGAUGGGGUGAGGUUGCUACCAAUAUUUCAGAAUAUUUAGGGUCACUUGCAAUGUUGAUGUUGCCUUCAUAAGUUGAAGAGCUAGGCCCUUGAGAGUCUUGCCUCAGACCCUAGGCCUGACCUAAGCACUCGAGUCAGGAGUUUGGGUGUGGAAGAGCAGGUGCUUUCUUGCAGGCACAGUAGCUCAUUACCAAGGCUGAAAGAGAUGUGUUAUCUGAAAAGUGCAAACACAGCAUAAUCAUGUAUUUGAGUUUAAGCUUACAAAUUCACACUAAGCAUUCCGUUUACUCCCACUGGUUGUUGAGUCUCAGAACAGUGAGAUUCAAAACCCAAACAGGGACCACUGUCUUUUUUAACCAUCCUUGCAUACGAUUCAAACACAUUUUAAAUUGAGCAAAACCUAUUUACCCUAAUAACUACUUUGUUUUUGUUUGCAUUCUAUUCUCCAUUGCUGCCUCCCUCCACCUGACCCCUUUCAAUGUGAUUUAAACCUGAAUACAGUUUUAUUCCGUCGUCGUGUUAGAACCAAGCUUGGAUUGUGAUGUUUGUUUAGCCUUCAGGCAUGGAGUGCCAUCAUUUCCAGCUUGGUUCAGCGGAACCAGCUCCCUUCACGGUGCUGCUCCUGCAUGGCAAUUUGCCAGCCGCACAAGCAGACUGAUGAAAAUGCUCAUUCCAUUAGGCAAGGACAGAUGAUUGGUGUUAUUCAGGUGUGCCAUGGGAGUUUGACUUUGGCACCACAAGAGUCAGUUGCAACCAUUCCAAUAACACACUUAAGCAAUAGUUUGAUUUAGUUAUUUUUCAAACUGGUUUUAUUUCUAUUUAAGUUUAAAGAAACAUUCCUCACUACAAGAAUAGAUUUUAAGGUACAAUGCAGUUUGUGAAGGCAUGGAGCUUUCAAACUGUACUCUUCACUUGGGCACUGCUACAUUUAGAAUUGGAUUUCUGAAGUUGUGACUUCUACAGUUCUGACUGUAUAGACUGGGGGUGAGGAUCUUUACUUUGCCUACAAUGACUGGGCUUUGCACUAUGUUACUAAGUUGAGAAGCUGUGCAUUUGGAUCACCAGUAGGCUCCCCAACUUAGUUUCCUCAUGGACCGGGAAUAUCACAAGACCAGGCUGAAAGGGCCUUUCAUAUUAAACUAAACAGGUGAUACAGAUGGCGUAACCUCUUACAAGUGGUGUAUUACUAGUAAAUAUUCAGCAUCUGCUGGUAACACACCAGAGUUAAGGGGCUAGGCAAGGUGUCCAUAUCAUCAGCUUGCCCUCAUGCAGAGUGCCAAAGUGCAAGCAAAUGAAAUAUCAAAGGAUACUAUUUAACAUUUUGGGUGGGGUACCAGUGUGUGGAAGAAGGGCAUGUGCUUUCUUGCAACCUUUUGGAAAGGCUUGCAGACAACAGGUUGAAAGAGAUGGUCACCACAUCAUCACACGUUUGAGUUACUAGGCUUACAAAUUCACACUAAGCAUUCCAGUUAUGGCCACCAGCUUUUGAUGUCUCCAGGUGCUCAGCCUCUGCUUCAGCUUACAGCUUUAACUUUAGUGUGAUGUGUACCCACCAGAGUUUAAGGUCAAGAUAAUGUAGGAAUCCGAGUCAAUGUUAACAGCACUUGAGGACUUUAUCCUUUCAUCUGUUAGAGAAGCAGAAGCUAAAUACCAUCUCUCCCUCGAGUUGUGGCAUCUAAAGGCCAACUCUUAGAGGGAACUAAGGGUGAAGAAUGUACUGUGAAAUUAAUGUUGUUGGUUUACAUUAAAUAAUUUUUAGCUGCAGCUACAUAAAUCAUGCAGGUGUUGGCCAUUGGUCCAGUGCCUGCACUAACCAAGAUUUUCUGCUUUGCCCUCAGCCCUGACCUUGCCAGAGAUGGCUUUCCUUAUCAUCUUUGUACAUUACCUUUUAAUUCAUUACCCUUGUGGACUGCAGCCAGUGGCUCAUCCCAUUAAGGAGCCAACACCAAUGCAUUUUUUCCCCAGAAUGCAGCAGGCCCCUACUUAGAAAGUACUGUUGUCCCCAUUCAUGUUUUGUUUAUAAAUUAGGAAAAGCAAAGCUUCAAGUGGUCACUGUCUUUCCCCCUUUGGAGAGGUGUGAAGACAGUUACAGUGCAUUCCCACCAAUCCUUCCCCUUGGUUUAUUUUCUGUAAAUUUGUACAGUGGAAUAUAUUGUCAGUUUGCUAUAGAGCAUGGAUACAAAGUUUUGAUAGAUAAUUCAAAAACCUUGUGUAAAGUUAUUUAAGAUUGUAUUAUAAAAGUUAUAUGUAUGUGAAUAUGGAAAACAUGCUAUAAUAAAGGACCUGCAUGGA